AUGUCUCAUUUAAGAUUGAUACUCCUCUUGAUCAUCGGGGUGCUCAGCUGGACUGCUGUUCAAGGCGAGCCUUCCGAAGCUCAAUCUAAGACAGAUUUACUCAGAGAACCCAGGAGCUUCCACACGCAGAAAUUAUGUCAAAAGCUUGGACUAUGUCAAGAAUAUGGAGGAUACCUAGGGCACCAAGGCUAUGGCGGCUACCAGGAAGGAUAUGGAGGACAUCAGGGGGGCUAUCCCAUCAACAUAGCCAUUAGCCAAUCGCAGGCUUCUGCUAACGAAGGCGGUGGUUACAAUCGCCAUGGAUAUUACCCAAACAACUAUCAGUAUAAUGGACAUCCUAACCGUUUCGGUAACCAAGGGCACGGCUACAGACCAGGAUACUUUGGGAACGGCUACGGUUCGUAUAACAACCAGUUUAAUGGGAACUACUACGGUGCUAAUGGAGGGUAUCGCUUUAGGCCUUAUAGUGGAUAUUACGAUGAGGAUUAUAACGACAGCCACGAAGAUGACAGUUAUGAGAGGAGCAGCGGGACACUCAAGGUCAGUGCUCACGCUGUCGCUGAAGCAAAGAAGUAA